AUGAGAUACCAGUCAGAACAGGGCAAGCCCACGCCGGACGGACGCGCUGGACUGAGAGAAUUCCCUGAGGUGAUUUCAGGUGCAGUAGGCACUGGGGAUAUCACCAGGAAAGUCACGACGGAGCUAGGGGACAGCAAGAUGGCAGACGAAGCCUUAGCUGGGCUGGAUGAGGGAGCCCUCCGGAAACUGCUAGAGGUCACAGCAGAUCUGGCAGAGCGGCGGCUCAUCGGUUCAGCCAUCCGGGAGCUGCAGCGGCAGGAGCUGGAGCGUGAGCAGGAAGCCCUGGCAUUAAAGCGCUUCCGUGCUGAGCGACAGGACAACAAGGAAAACUGGCUGCACUCUCAGCAUCGGGAAGCUGAACAGCGGCUGGCUGCACUAGCACGGCUGGCAGGGCAGCUGGAGUCCAUGAAUGAUGUGGAGGAGCUAACCACGCUGCUGAGAAGCGCCGAGUCCACCCCUCUUGGCAGCAGCCCUUCCCCGUUCCAUCGGGCUGGCUCCGUGCGGGAUCGUGUCCGCAAGUUCGCAUCAGAUUCUCCUAUGGCUGCCAGGGUUCAGGAUGGCCCAACCCGAGCAGCCCUUGGUUCCGUGACAUCCACAAGACUUCUGGGCCCCUCCUUCAUCAGCACCACCCCUGCCUCCUCCUCCAGGAGCUCCUCCUCCCAGGGGCCCAGUGACACCUCCUCUGAGUUCAACAAGGAGCAAAGAGGAAUAACUCAGCCCCUGGCCCAGCUUCAGAGCUGCCCCCAAGAGGAGGGCCCCAGAGGGCGGGGCUUGGCUGCCAGGUCCCUUGAAAACAGAGCCCGGGAGCCCUUGGCCUGCUCAGAGGAACCCAGUGCCCCGCUGCCUGUGGCUGUCGGCGCUACUGAGCCAGGGGGCAGUAUGAAGACCACAUUCACCAUCGAGAUCAAGGAUGGCUGUGGCCAGGCAUCCCCAGGCCGGGUGCUACUACCCACAGGCAACCAGAGGGCAGAGCUGACACUGGGGCUGCAGACACCCCCCACCCUCCUCAGCACCAGCAGUGGGAACAAGAAUACCAUCACCCAUGCCAGCAGCCCUGGGACCCUCACCCGGAUGGGCAGUGUCACUCGCAUCAGCCAUGCCUCCCCUGGUAGCUGAGGAGGCUGCAGCCUUAAGAUGGAGCCAGAGCCCACAGAGCCUCCCUCCACAGUGCUGAAAGCCACUAAUGGUGCAGAGCAGACCCAGGCGGACAAAGCACCACAGGGGCAGAGCCCACUGAGCACUGAGGAGUUGAUGGCCAUUGAGGAUGAGGGAGUCUUGGACAAGAUGCUGGAUCAGAGUACAGACUUUGAGGAGCGGAAGCGCAUCCGGGCUGCACUGCGUAAGCUCAGACAAAGGAAGAGAGACCAGCGGGACAAGGAAUGGGAAGGACGACUGCAGGAGGCCCGAGCCCGGCCUGAGGAGAGGCGAAGCAACACAUGCACCGAGACCACCACGAGGCAUAGCCAGAGGGUGGCUGAUGGCUCCACUGUCAGCACUAUUACAAAGACUGAGCGGCUCGUCCAGUCCAAUGAUGGUACACGGACAGCCCGCACCACUACCGUGGAGUCAAGUUUUGUGAGGCGCUCGGAGAAUGGCAGUGGCAGCACUACAGUACAAACCAAGACCUUCUCCUCUUCCUCUUCUUCAUCUAAGAAAACGGGCAGCAUCUUUGACCGAGAGGACCAGGCCAGCCCAAGGGCUAGGAGCCUGGCAGCUCUUGAAAAACACCAGGCCGAGAAAAAGAAAGAACUGAUGAAGGCACAGAGUCUGCCCAAGACCUCAGCAUCCCAGGCACGCAAGGCCAUGAUUGAGAAGCUGGAGAAAGAGGGUGCCUCUAGCAGCCCUGGUGGACCUCGCACCGCUGUGCAGCACUCCACCAGCUUUGGGGUUCCCAAUGCCAACAGCAUCAAGCAGAUGUUGCUGGACUGGUGCCGAGUCAAGACACGUGGCUACGAGCAUGUGGACAUCCAGAACUUCUCCUCCAGCUGGAGUGAUGGGAUGGCUUUCUGUGCCCUGGUACACAACUUCUUCCCCGAAGCCUUUGACUAUGGGCAGCUUAGCCCACAGAACCGGCUCCAGAACUUUGAAGUGGCCUUCUCAUCUGCUGAGAUGUUGGUGGACUGCAUGCCCCUGGUGGAGGUGGAGGACAUGAUGAUCAUGGGCAAGAAGCCCGACCCCAAGUGCGUCUUCACCUAUGUGCAGUCGCUGUACAACCACCUGCGGCGCCACGAGUUGCGCCUGCGCGGCAAGAAUGUCUAGCCUUCCCCCACAGAUGGCCGGCAGCAGGGUGC